CGACGAUCGUUUUAAAGAUCGGUCGUCGGUCAGCGCAAAAAUUUACAACAGUUUAGCUUAUCUUUUUGUUGUAGUUUUGUUUUGUAAUUCUCAGUUUCGUUUUGUGUAUGCUCUUUUUUUGGUGUUUUUUUUUUUUUGUAUUAUUUACUUUUUUUUUGGUAGCCGCCCCUCUUGCGCCGGCAGAGCGGCAAUAUAAAAAUUGAAGCGCAUACAAGCGCAGCAUUUAGUCGGAGUUUGACGCUCAGCCAGCGACACACUCUCCCACGCACAACACGCUCACGCACGCACACAAAAGCUCGUGCAGAGCCGGCAACGAAGAGAAGAAGGUGAGGAGGAACUAGAACAAGUGCAACGGCAUCCCCGGGACAGCCACAACAACAACAACAACAAUAAAGACAGCGAGGUCAGCCUGCUCUCGCACGUAACGAUGACGCGCCCCCAUCUCCUGAUGCUGCUCCUCCUGGCAGGUGCCAUCGAGCCCCUGCUAGCCAGCAAUCAGACCCUGGAUGUCAACGAGAUUCCACAGCGAUACGAUGAGGCACAGCUCUGGCGGAUCUACAACAUCUCGGAGGCCAUGCAGCGCCGUGUGCCCGUGGGCCAGAUGCUUGAGCAGAAGUUUGGUGGCAACAUUUGGAAGGAGAACUCCAAGUUCCUGGACAUCUCCAUUGCCCGGGAUCAGUUGAAGGCGGCGCGCAGUUUCCUAUCGGCGCAUCGACUGGAUGCCCAGAUAUUGUCGGAUAAUAUUCAGACAAUGAUCGAUGAGGAGCUGCUCGAAGGGAUCCAGGCCACGGCCUCGCAGCAGGGCAAGAGAGCGAAAAAGGCCACCAGGAGCAGCAUGCACUGGAAGGACUACCACGACCUGGAUACCAUCUAUAGCUUCAUGCGGGAAAUUCGCAGCAAGUUCCCCAACAUUGUGCGCCUGUACACCAUUGGACAGACGGCCGAGGGUCGCGACCUGAAGGUGCUAAGAAUCUCUGAGAAUCCCCGCGAGAACAAGAAGGUAUGGAUCGAUGGCGGCAUUCAUGCACGCGAAUGGAUCAGCCCCGCCACGGUCACCUUUAUCCUCUACCAACUGAUGUCGAACUGGGAGAACCAGCCGGCCCACAUCCGCGGCCUCACAUGGUACAUUAUGCCCGUGAUGAAUCCCGAUGGCUACGAGUACAGCCGCACUACGAAUCGCCUGUGGCGCAAGAAUCGCUCGCCAUCGCGUCAGAACCAGUGCUUCGGCGUGGAUCUCAACCGGAACUUUGAUAUUGGAUGGAAUGGCUAUGGAUCGUCGACUAAUCCCUGCCGGGACACCUAUCGCGGCUCAUCGCCCGCCUCCGAGCUGGAGACGAAGGCUGUGGCUGAGUUUUUGGCCAAGCGCAAAUACAACCUGGAGUCAUAUUUGACGUACCACAGCUACGGCCAGAUGAUCGUCUAUCCGUGGGCCUACAAGGCCGUCAAGGUCAAGGAUUCAAGCAUACUGCAGCGCGUGGGUAGCCUGGCGGCAGAGCGAAUUGCCCAGAAGACGGGCACCACAUACAGGGCAGCAGUUACCCACGAGGUGCUCGGCAUUGCCGGCGGCGGUUCCGACGACUGGAGUCGGGCGGCCUUGGGCGUCAAGUAUGUGUACACCAUUGAGCUGAGGGAUCGCGGAGCCUAUGGAUUUGUCCUGCCGCCCAGAUACAUCAAGGAUACGGCGCUCGAGGGCUGGACGGUGGCGGAAACGGUCGCCCAGGCAAUUGGACCGAGUUCCUCUGGUUAAUUUCGAAUCUCUGUAACCGAUUCCUUUUUUUUUUUAACCACCCCACCCCCACCCCACCUUGUGUGCCUGCUGUGUGUGUGUCCGGUGAUUGCCUAUUUAUGUUAUAUAGUGUGCUUCUGCUAUCCUGUCGCUGUGUGAAUGCUUCUGCUUUAAAGGGGUGGAGACCGGCUGCCUGGAUGGGGGUAUCCAUCCAUUCAUCCAUCCAUCCAGUAAGCCGGCAAAUAAAGAAAUCUUUGCUAUUUAUUACCUUGGA